AGCCACGUGGGUAGAGGAGGCUGCUCUUCCCUUUUGGGCGUGAGCUUCAGCCCGAGCGGCGCUUCCUUCUGCUGCAUCGGCUGAGACCCAUUGAUUGGCUCCCCCUUUUCCUCUUUCCUCUCCCUCUUUUCCUUUCGGAGAUGGUGGGCUUCACGGUGCCCGCGGAAGUCAGGGUCUUCCUGCUCGACAUCGAAGGCACUACAACUCCCAUCGCCUUCGUCAAGGACACUCUGUUUCCUUACAUCAAAGAAAACAUUCACGACUACCUGAGGACACACUGGGAGGAAGAAGAAUGCCAAGAAGAUGUUGGCCUAUUGAGGAAACAGGCUGAAGAAGAUUCUCACUUGGGUGGUGUUGUUCCUAUCCCAAUGGAAAGUAGGGAUGGAGAAGAGGAGAUUGAACGUGUCAUCCAGGCCGUUGUGGACAAUGUCAGCUGGCAGAUGUCUUUAGACAGAAAGACAAUGGCUUUGAAACAGCUCCAGGGUCACAUAUGGAGGGCAGCGUAUGAGAAUGGUCGUGUGAAGGGAGAGUUCUUUGAGGAUGUCGUCCCAGCUGUGAAGAAAUGGAGAGAAGCAGGAAUGAAGGUUUAUAUUUAUUCUUCUGGGAGUGUGGAGGCACAAAAGCUCUUGUUUGGGAACUCUACGGAAGGUGACAUUUCAUCACUCUUUGAUGGCCACUUUGACACUCAAAUAGGCCCUAAAGUCGAAAGUGAGAGCUACCAGCGGAUUGCGUCAAGCAUUGGGUGCUCCACAAACAACAUCCUGUUUUUGACGGAUGUCACUCGAGAGGCAGACGCUGCAGAAGAAGUUGACAUGCAUGUGGCUAUCGUUGUCCGGCCUGGCAAUGCGGGGCUGACAGAUGACGAGAAAUCAUAUUACAGACUCAUAACCUCUUUCAACGAACUGUUCCUGCCUUCGUCCACUUAAGAAGCCCAUUUUUUACAAGGGAUUUUGAAAAGAAGAUGGGAUACCAUCUGAGAAAAUUCUCCUUAUAAUUUAUGGCAGUUUCGUUGCUAGUGAUGAGAAUUUCUGAGAGAGAAGUUAAUUUGGAUCCUUGAUCUUCUGGUGAGAGGCAAUUGAGGCCAGUAAGGUGUAUCCAUCCAUUGAUCUUGUGAAUGCAUUUCAAAUUGAGCAGCCGUUACAAAGCCUAGCGAUUGUUGACUCCCUGUCUUCGGAAUGGCACGGAAGAACCAGAAAACACAAUUUGUCGGGAGUUUCUCUGGCACAAGACCUUUGACUGCACCAUGUUUCUCCACCCUUGUGUACUUCCCAUUCAUCUGAAAAGGACCUUGCUUUAGAGAGCAUCCUGAUGGACUACAUGCAGCAUGUAAACCCCAGAAAACAGUCCCUUAGCUUUAUUCCUUCCUGCAAAUAAUAAUAAAAGUAUCCUAAGUUUAAAA